AUAUUUAACAAGUGAAGUUAUAUACGUAGCGUCGCUACUGUCUUCGUACAGUUGCAAUUGGUGGAAGCUGAUGCUAGCGACCAGUUCAAUUUCAGCAGAAGCUUACGUUGCACGCUUCUUUGUAGCGGAUUUGUAACGAAGAAUUUGUCUGUAAACAUCUAAUUUUGUUAAAAAAACAUACGUGAUUAUUGAAAUUGUUUUCAUUUAAAAACCACAAAAAUGAAAUUAGUGCAUAUAAGCUGCAUUUUAUUGGUUACGACAAUCAACUGCAUUGCGAGUAACAAUGCUAGUACAACAGAAGGAGAUACCAAUAAACCUACCAAUCAGCAGACAAUACCUGUAGUUAAUAAUACUAUUCCUACUACAAAUUCCUCGAAUUCUACUACAGCAGUUAAUACUACUACUAACAAUACUAAGGAUACUGUUGAUUCUGUUACUAUUGUUACAAAUAUUUCUACUAUUACUGUUACUCCUAUCAGUAACAAAACUAUAAAUGAUAACAUCACUACUGUGAAUCCACUAAUAUCUCAAUCUACCUUAAAACCUACAACAUCUACUGAAAAUACAACUAUUACCGAAAAGUCUAUAAUAACAUCUACUAUAGUAAAUACACCUACUAUAAAUUCAUCCAUCGUUUCAUCAACUCCUGUAAUUACUACAGUUCCGGUAUCAACAAAAGUUGCACCAUCUUAUAAAGAACGACAUUUUGAUGGUCUUAGCUUCUUAGGUGGCAUCAUUUUAGCUACAGGUUUAAUGGCAAUUGGUGCUCUCUCUUGGAAAUUUUAUAGAACAUUGAAUGAACAAAAUUACCGUACGCUAUGAUAUUAUCAAGAUUGUCAUCGCGAAAAUUCCAUUUUUCAAUAAGUAAACACAGUCGUUCAAACUAAAAACUAUGAAUUUUACCAUAAUAAUAUUGCGUAUUUUUAUAACGCACUUAAGUGUCGCGUGGUUUAAGUGCUCUUAGUAAUGUGAUGUGCAAACGCGAAUUUCGUUCUUUGUACCCAAUUACAAAGACGAAUUAUACGCAUUUUAAUAUUGUCUCUUUUUCUCUCUUCUCUAUGACUGCGCAUUGUAAUAAUGUAAUUAUAUAAAGAAAGAAUAUUAUAUAUAAAAAAAAAA